AUGGACCCGACAUUCAGCGCCAGCAGAGACAGGCAGCGGGGGCUCGCCAAGGCCGGGGACAGCCUCCUGGUCUGUGCACCAGCCCCCCGCCGCCCAGACACCCCCAGCGGGGCGGAUGGGCUGAAGGGGCAGUCAUCCUCGACGGGCCGAGGCCCCAGGCUCUCGUCUGCGCCUCUCUACACCAGCUCAGGCCAAGCACGCAGGUGCACUCCACGGGGGCUCACCGACAAGGACAAGGACUGGCCUCCCACCCCCAGGCCUGGCGCGGGGCCGGGGGGCCCACGAGGCUCGCUGAGUGAGCCUGUGAACCAGUGA